UGUUCAAAAACAUCGCCAUUGAAAUCAUCUUGAUAGAAGCCUGAAUGAUAAUUCAAACCAAUAGAUUUUUGCUGAUCAUUUAGUUUUCGAAUGAUCAAGCAUUCCCAACAAAGAAGAAAUCCACUGGAUCAGCAAAACCUCCCCAUUAUCUUGUGAUCAAACAGCAUAAGAUAUACUAUCCGGUUCAUCUCUCAACUACUCGUUGAAGUCUUUCGUCAAACGUACGAUCACUGAGGAUAAAUUGAAAAUAGAAUUGUGAUAUCCACAUGGUAACACAGCGCAGAAUAAUUCUCUGCAUUGUCUGCACAUAUAUUUCUUGCCUCUUGGGACAUACAUCUCGGAAUCCAAUGACGUGGGUCGAUGUCACCGAUGCUGGGAUGUUCACUGAUUUAUGGGUUUAUCUCUCUAUGCCACACGACAUGAAAUAAUCUCCCUCGUCACAUUACUCAUGGUGUCUCACAGCCAUUGUACAGAGACUCGAAGAAAUUUUUCACCACUAUCUCAACAAUAAAAUAUUCUUGGAUAUGCACUAGAGAAAUUCUUCUUCUGCCAUUGCUAUAUACAUAGAUAUUCCUCGAAUGGUGAACUCUCCUGUUUUCCCAUCCAAUCCUCCGAUCAUGGAAGUGAUCUUCGGGUGGAGGAGAGGAGAAACAGUGCGAGAUCACUACGUUUGAGGCAGAAGCAACAUCCCAACAAGAGAAUUCCAAUGCUUCUGGCGUCAAAUUGUCGGUUGUGACGUCGAUUCGACCAAAGACGUCGUAUAAAAUGCUGAUCGGGCUCCGAUCUUGAGUCAUUUUGCGUGGAGAAGUUGAAGUGAAAAGAUCUGAGAGCUUUAUAAGCUGAAACUGAGUGUUUAACAGUUUAAACAAGGACUUGGUUCUUAAGAUUUUUGCGAUAAUUCAAGUGAUCGCAAGUGUUGGAAAAAAAAUUUCAAAGUGAUCUUUCGCAAGUGAUCAUUGCGAAUUUAAAAGUGUCUCAAUAUCCGUUGAAAAAGGAACUAAAAGUGAAAAAAAAAGAAUCUGAAAAAUGGCAAAUAAUUUGUUGGUUUACACAUUGACCUUUGCAACAGUAAUUGUUGCAUGUUCCGGCUCUGCAAUUCCAAUGUGGGAAUACCUGAGUCGUGGCGAAAAGGUGAGCUCUACAUUAGAAGAAGAUCACGAUCACCCACUUAUUAGAAGAUCCUCCACCCUAACCUUGUGUGCAGAAUUGCUGCAAUUGGUGCGUGAUCCAUGAUUGCAAAUUGCGCGCGAUCGUGAAGCGCAAGGUCAAUGAUGUCGCAUUUGUACUCAAUGUUCGCCAAGCAAGUCUCUAGUUAUUGCAAAACAAACCGGGAUUUGGUUUCAAAACCCCAGUGCAAGAGAGAAUUGCUAACUCAUGGACUUGAGAUGCUCCAGAAGAUGCCAGAAAGUCAUCUGGAUUCGAUGGACCCCUACCAGAGAGGAGCCAAUGAUAUAAUCUGGGAUUCUAUGAUGGAGGGUCACCCAUCGAAGCCUCAGAAGAAGGAGGUUAGCACCUCAAGUCCUAUCAUGUUGCCCAAGAAUGGGGAGUACGCGAGGAAUCCUCUCUUCGACGGUCUGGAUACGGCUCCUGUACCAAAGAAGCCUACAACACAUCAAGAUUAUGCUAUGGGAAUGGACUCUGAUGCUAUCUAUCAGAACUACAGGCUUCCUGAAGCCUCAUCGGAUGUCUUUUACUCAGAUCCCACGAACUAUCUUGCCCAGGAAGCCCCUACAAAUGUCAGGCCUCAGUAUGCUAGACCACCAGGAGUUGCUGAAUCGAGGAACUACCUCACGGGUCCGAUGGUUGUCCGAGUUAUGCCAGAUGGUAGUCCCGUUGCUGAAGAUCGUCAGCGAAGUCUCCCGAAAGAUGACGAUCGCGAUGAGAUGACGAUCGGCCGUGCUAGGUUGCCCACAAUUGAUCAAAUUGCACGAUCCUUCAGCACGACACAGAACCGAAUUGACGAUCGUACUGAAUCGGCAGCAACGCAACCAACAGCUAGCUACCGACGCUACCCCACAUACAGGACUAUCAGGCGAAGUGGUGGCGUCGUAUCUUUCUACUAAAUCGACGCUUACCCUAAGAUCGCACAUCUUGCCAAAUCAUCAUCAUUAGUUGUAGGAUCAUUUAACCCUCAAAAACAUUCAUGCGCAAGUUAAUUUAACUUAUACCUCAUUAGUCUUCCCCCUAUUUAGUUUAAGGUAUGAGAGAUAUGAGCAAAACAGAGUUAAUUCAAGAUGUGAUUUGUCUACAAAGUGAGGUUAAUGCUUCACUUGGUAACUUUAAACAACAAAAAAAUUUCUUUAAAAUUAGCAAAAGAAAAAGUUAUGUCAUCUAUUUUGUUCUUGAUAUCUGAGCAAAAAAAACUAAAGCAAUAUUUAAAUUAAAAAGAAAAAAAAUAUUUAUUUGUUCGAAAAAUUAAUUUGGAAAGCAAUUGCUAACUUUUCGUAAAUUAUUCUAAAUAACUUGACAUAUCCAUCAGUAAAAUUUAGCUGUAAGAUUUUAGGAUUAGUUCUGCAGAAAUGAUCAAGCAAUGUAUCUUUUGUGAUAGUGAUCGAAAAAAGGUACGAUAGAGUAUUCCACAUUGUCUGGAAGAAACGAUACUUAGCAUUAGCCUUAAUGAUAUGCAAUCUGAAAUAUUUUUUCGGCUAAAAAAAAACAUGAUUUUUUUUUAAGAGCGAAGAAUGUGAUUUUUCCCUAAGAUUAAGCAAGUCAAUCAUGCAAUUUUUUUUGUACUUGUGAAAUAAAACGCAAAUAAUUUAUUUCAUUUUUUUUCGAUAUUUAUUGAGAUAAGAUUCAGAAAAUAUGUAUCUUUUUGUCUCUUUUGUGUAACAACACAGAAAAUGGCAAUUUUAUUUGUAAAACAAAAUAAAUGGCGAAUUUAAAAGAAAAAAAAA